AUGGAUCGCAAGUGCUCAGAGCUGGGCGACCCGCCGGGAGAGGGCGUGGACGGCGCGGCGAACGUGCUGUGCACCGGGGAGCGCCUGAAGGGCGGCUCGCGCUUCGUGAAGAUGGCCGACUUCGGCGGGGAGCACCGGUGGGUCCGGUCGUCCUGGCUGGUCCGCUCCGCGAGGUUCGACUUCUCCGGGCCACCGCCCGCCGCUCCCGGCGGGCGCCGCCUGCGGGUGGCCGCGGGGCUGCCGGCGUGCGGGGGGCCCUCGCUGCUGCAGGAGGCGCUGAGCAUCCUGCCCGACACUGAGCUCCACAUCGUGCACAUGCUGCAGGGCCUCCACGGCGGCGCGAUGCUGCGACUGUCUGGCGAGUCGAGCACCUUCCUGGCGGACUUGUCCCACGACAUGCACUACCUGCCCUUCUUCCCGCUGCUGCUGAUCACGCUCCACCGGGCCACCAGGGAGACGCGAGGCACUUGCGGUGCCUCUCGCAGAGCGUCGCGGCCCUCGCCGAGAUGCCCGCCUGGCAGAGGACCUGAACGCCGGAUACGACUUCGUGCUCGCGUUGGGCUACGACAAGCCUUGGGAGAGACGAGAGGACACGGUGUACCACAUUCAGAACUACGACCCACGCCUCACCAACGUGCUUGUCCUGUCCACGCACGACAGUUUCUUCGGUGA